GUUGGUCACACGAGGCUUUCCAUUUAGUGAAAAUGACAAUAACAGAUCGUGGCCGUUAAUUAUAACUCAUCGUCAUUAUAACAGAACAAACCAAUCGUACAAAGAGCUACAGAGAGAGAGAGAGAGAGAGAGAGAGCUAGAAGAAGGUGACGUCGAGAUCGAUGGCGGCGGGAGAGGUAGGUCGUAGAAGAGAAGGAGAAACGGCGGACGAGAAUGAAAAGACAAAUGUGAAGCGAAGGAAGCUUGAGGAGGAAGAAGAAUCUAGGAUAUUGAUCUUAUCUCAGAAUCCAAGCUCGGAGUAUGAUUUAUUAGGUAGCGCGUCGUCCUCAUCCUCAGUUUAUUGCUGCUCUAGCUCCGAAGAGAAAUCGAAACGGAGGACCGACGGUGCUGAAUUUGAUCAAAUGGAAACGUCGUGGAUUUAUUAUAAUAACUUCGACAACAGAGUUCCGGAAGAAGAGGAAUCGGUAAACGAGGUGGAGUCUUGCCGAGUUAAUAAGCAGAAGAGGUGUGAGACGGUGAAAGAAGCGGAGAUAGAAGAUUUUUUCCAGGCGGCGGAGAAAGAUGUUCGGAACAACAUGUUGGAGUGUUCUAGCAAGUAUAGUUUCGAUUUCGAGAAAGAUGAACCACUUGAUGGACGAUACGAGUGGGUGAAAUUGAAUCCUUAGAAGAAGAACAAAAAACAUUUGACGAAGACAAAUGAUCACUUGCUCAAGUACUUUUAUUCUCUUCUAUGUAGUAAUGCAUAAUCUAUGAAAAAUGUAAUCUAUUAACUGUUCUUACCCGGAAAAUGUAAAUAUAUCUCAAAUAUUCUAUAACCUGUAAUAAUCGAGAACGUCCUACUUUUAUUUU